CAGUGGUACACAUCAGGCAGGGUGCGCGUCGUGCCUAAUGCAGUGUCCGAUCGCUCGCCUCUAAAACUAUCCGACUAUGGCUGUGAAUCAUGCGUUUAACACGUAAAUCAUGUUGUGGAUAUACUGUGGACUGGUUUUUCUGGCCUCGGCCCUGUUCGAAGCCGCUUUGGCAGUCUCAGUCACGUCUAAAAGAGAAGCCGAUUAUACCUUGGAUGAAUCAUUUUGGAUCGAAGAAAGCCCGGCCGGGGAGGUGGAGCGGCUCCUUAGGGAGUACACGCAGAACCAGGAGAUGGUCAGAAACAUCGGCUCUCAUUACUACCAGAUCAUUUAUCCCGUACAGUUACGCCAGCACAAGAAGAUGGGGAUCUCCACUAGGGAGAUAGGGUCGUCUAAGGUACGCAAAGAGCGGAGUACGAGAGGCCAGGUCGAUGGAGGAUACCAAGGCAGGGGUCGGCCGGCUAAAACCGGCAAACACUUCCAUCGUACCUCGCUUCUCAUCAAAGCCUUCAACCACAAGUUUCGCCUGGAUCUUGAACUUAACACACAACUCAUCGCACCGAACAUCAUGCAGAAACAUUUUCUAGCCAAUGGAGCCGAACAGGUUUCGAAGCAGGAUAUCGAACAUUGCUACUACCAUGGGACCGUCCAGGACUAUCCCGGAGCCACGGCCGCCUUCCACACGUGCAACGGCGUCAGCGGUGUCAUCCACGUGGGCAACGAGACGUUUGUCAUCCACCCGUUCUACGGAGGCGACCUCUCGGUCAGUACUGCAUCGCAAAAACAGAAACAUCCACACGUGAUAUUUGAAGCUCGAACAAACGCCAACAAAGGUUGUGCCAAUUCGGGCAACAUGGAAUGGCGUUUGAAUACUCACGCGGGUUUCCUUCCGACAUCAUCGAACAUGCGAAUAAAACGUGACGUCCGCGAGGCGACCAAAUACAUAGAAACGGCGAUUGUUAUUGAUAAAGCAAUGUUCGAGAAAAGAAACGGUAGCACACGAACAGACGUCGUUCACGAUUCGAUCCAGGUAGCUAACAUAGCCGAUCUGUACUUCCGGACGUUGAACACCAGAGUCUCGGUGGUGUAUAUCGAGACGUGGCAGGGCGGCAACCAGGCCCAAAUCAACCGAAACGAAGACAUCGGCAGGGCUCUAACCAACUUCAACGACUACACCUCGAGGAAGUUGUUCAAGAUUGACAAAGACACGACGCAGCUGCUCACCGGAGAGGUGUUUGUAGGCGGCGAGGCCGGAAUGGCGGUCCCAGCCACGGUGUGUACCCCUAAAGCCGUGGGAAUUAGCGUAGAUAUAAAUACAUACGAACCGCAUUUGCUGGCCGGGACUAUGGCACACAUGAUCGGCCACAACAUAGGCAUGGGACAUGACGACGGACGCAAAGAAUGUUAUUGUAGAGAUUGGCAUGGAUGUAUCAUGUCCCAGGCGAUAGUGGGACUGGACAACAUCCAACCCUAUAAAUUCUCUGAAUGUAGUCGUUCUGAUUAUAUCGACAGACUGAGGACCGGAAAUGGGAUAUGUCUACUGAACAAACCCAACGAACUAGAGGUGCGGAGGACAUGCGGGAAUCGCAUCGUGGAAGAUGGGGAAGACUGUGAUUGCGGAACCAUCGACGAAUGCCCGAGUGUUGACCCUUGCUGUGAUCCAAUUACUUGCAAAUUGACGACGGAAGCGCAAUGCGCCUCGGGACCGUGCUGUGACAACUGCAUGUUGAGGCAAAGAGGUGUUGUCUGUCGAGAGCCUUCCAACGAAUGUGAUUUGCCAGAGUACUGCUCAGGAGACAGCGGAGAGUGUCCGGUGGAUGUGUUCAAAAAGAACGGACAUCCGUGCGGAUACCAGGGUUAUUGCUUUAACGGAGUGUGUCCCACUUUGGCUCUUCAGUGUCAAAGUAUAUGGGGAUAUGGUGGAACGGCAGCCGACGAUCAAUGUUUUGAAAAGUUCAAUUCCAAAGGUUCGAUCAACGGGCAUUGCGGAAGUGUGGGAAGCAAUACGUUCGUGAAAUGUGCACCGGAAAAUGUAAAAUGUGGGACCUUGCAUUGCCAGAAGGGUAAAAGACAGCCUUUAAUAGGAUCGGGUGCGGACCAACCGCCAUUCUCGAGGACAUUCAUCACGAUUCAGGGAACGGAGUACGAAUGCAAAUCCAUUUACAGAUCCUCCUCCGGUGGUAGCGACGAUGGCGAAUCCCACCGCACUGUCGGUUUAGUUUUGGACGGUACACCCUGCGGAGAAAACCUCAUUUGCCUUAAUCAAACUUGCUCGAGCAUUUUUCCAUACAUCGACCAAACAAAGUGUCCUACUAACAACAAUAACCUCGAGUGUUCCGGUCAUGGGUUUUGCACAAAUUUGAACAAAUGUUACUGCGAACUGGGGUGGGGCGGCCCCGACUGUUCCCUCCAAGUUGAGGUAGCUUUAGCACCAAUCUCAACGCGUGCACCCGAUACCACGGCGAUUGACCUAACGAAGAGCAUGCAAAAGAAAGAAACCCCCUACGCGGACUAUCACGGGUCCAACACGAUAUUUCUCGUGGGUACACUCAUGUCGGUGGUAGGGGGUGUGUUCAUUCUGUUUGCAACUAUGGCCCUUUGCUACAGGUCAGUCGUAGUACACAAAAACUUCUCGCUCUGUCUCAGGAAGACGACCGUUCGCAAAUAUGAAAAACCGUACAAAAAGCCUAUUCCGAAAAACUACAUCCAUACUGCUGGAAACCACUCGCAAGAGGACAGUUUAGAUAACGCUAACAAGAUCUUGACCUUAGGCGGAGGGGUCGCAACUUUCGGCCGGGCCGAUUCACAAAGGGUGUUGUUUCGCUCGUCGAACCACAUGGGUGCCGGAGGACCGUCCCAAUUCCAGGAGCAUAAAAUGCAGCAGCUUAAAAGAAUGGGUGUUGGUGCUACUAGUGAGGAUGAUCAAGGACACUCCGAAGAAGAAUCAGUGUCUUUCAUCGAUUUGCAACACAACAACUUAAAGCUCCCUGAAAAGAAAGGUAUCUUGAAAAAACACGAUUACUGUUUAUCGAUGGGAGAUGGUGCCCAAUCUGAAGAACUGAUGAGUCAAGCUGAAGCUAGUAUGACUCAACUAAUGUCAGGUUCGGGAGCAUCUGAAGUUGAACGUACCUUAAAAACCUUAAACGGUUAUCAUGAAGAUAUUAUUAAAGCUUUAAGGAAUGCUGCUUCGCAUCGAGGCACAUCCACACCUUCCGGAAGCAGUAGUGCCCUUAGUGAAGAACUUUUACGAAGAAGUUUACAGCAAUGUGCCGAAAGUUACUCGGAAUAUAAGAGAUGUGGUAGCCAGGAGAAGGUAUGUGAGCCACAGGUUGUCGUGGAAGCCGAAGAAGAAGACGAAGAUGAGGUACCGCCAUGUGGUCCUAUUAGAAUUCGUAAUUUAGAAGACUUGAUCCGUCAACUCGAACACCAUUCGAGGCAUAUGAGUCCUAGCGGUUCGGAGGACAUCCGAAUGUCGGAAACGGAAGCCGAUCGGCAUUACCGCCAGGAGUCCUCCUCUGCUUGCAGCGAAAGCAGUCACCAAUCCCACCGCGAAAGCAGGUUUGUGUACGGGCGGUACCGGCAGCCUUCCGGACGACUCCCGUACCCCCACCCGCAUUCCCACCACCAGGCAGAGGAGGAGAGUAUCUACGAGAGUGCGGAUCACGACAGAGGGGCUCCUUGCGGAGACACCCCCGACAGCGAAAGUGAUGAAUUUAUUCAAGCUCAGCAACAGAUGGCCCGAUGGGCGAGUGAGGACGCCAUGGGACAGGCGAGUGCGAGCGUCAGCGGCGUCGGCGGCGGCGCCGUGCCUCGAGAAUACUUCCCUUCACCGAGCAGCUCGACGAGCGAGGAGCCGCCGAGCAUCGCCCGAGCGCCUGUCCCCGCCCCAGGGCCCCCUGGCGCGCCGCCCCACCCGGAACACGCCACCAUCCACAGACCCAAGCGAUACCCCGAGUAUAAACACUGAUAGUGACUGAAAUUACAGGGUAGACUCUCAGCGACAAGCGCCCAGUGACACGACCUGUACAUAAUUAUUGCGUGUGAUGAUGGUGACUAAUCAACGUACGUAGGAAAUAUUCUAAAUCAACGUGUCCAGAGGAGUUCUGCACGAUCCGAAAAGAUUAACUACUCCGACAAAACCAGAGAGAAAUAGAAUGGCAGUCUUGCUACGUUAUAUCAUUCGAGCAUUUCUCCGUCUAUACAUUGAUACGUGUUAUACCUCUACCUGUCUACUUCUGCUGCUUCUUGUUUUGAAUUACACGAAUUGAACGAAUCUGGAGCCUGGCCCGAAAAUUCGAAUUUAAAAAUUGACUCGAAAUCAGUAUUAGCCAUUGUAUUUCUUUCUCCGCAUAUUCGAAAUCUCUUUUUACCCCCGUGCAGGGCCUUCCUCGGCCGACUUUGUGUUUACGAUACGUCGUCAUCGCCAGCUAGUUCACCGCGACGCACCGUAACAACCUUAAAAAAGACUGAAACGUCCUAGAAGACGACGACCUCGCCCCGCAUAAAAAAUCGCUGGAGUGACACGAACAGUUCUCCCCGUGUUAAGUGUUGUGCAGCCGCAUUUUCGGGCUGACUUUUAUAGUUGUUGACAAUUUGUUUACAGAGAGACACGUGCAUUUUAAUUAAUUAAAACAUUGAUUAAGAAAAUGCAUGCAUAAUUCUAAAUCCGUGGUGUGUAUAAUGUUGGAAGAUUCCCGAUUUUGCCUUAGUUGUUGGCGCCCUUGCUUCCCUAGCCUAGAACGCUCGAGAGGUGAAGUCCGCCCAAAAAACCUUACAAUUAAAGAAAUUAAUAAAAUACAACACGAAAUCGUACCACAAGGCGAUUUUUUUUAUUGUAGUUUGUAAGUUAGUCUCCAGUUUCUCUUUAGUGAUACUUCACGGAGGCGAAGGCCUAAAUCAUCGUACUAAAUGCAGAGUGUUAUGUUGAAGACAGGUYGAUUCGUGUAAACCUAGCUUCACGCGUACGUUACCUACGACACCAACAUUAUUUUACAUUACGCUAAGUUGCAUCAAUUGAACUGUCUCAGAUUUUUGUUGAGAAAAUUGUUGAAUAUUUUUUACGCUCUCCAUCCAUUUCGGUGAAUGAUGUACAGUACCUUUCAAAAAAUACAGUCGUGAGUGGGUACGUAUGUGUAGUGUUGUUCCUGAACGAAUUGAGUUAGUUGUUAGAUGAUAAUAUUAUUCAAUUCGUUUUGAGAGGACGUUGACUCUUAAGGCUGCGACCCGUAGCAAGGCUGACAUAUCUWAACAACAGGUGGCGCUACRGAUCGCCCGCUUUAAGAGUCGUGAUCUCACCACGACUAAAACAAUUCUAAAUGCUCAGUAGAAGAAGUCUGCAGAAUUUAAAAUGACAUAUGAGAAAAAUAGUCCAGCGCAAGUAGUGUGCAAAUGUACAUAAGAAAAACRUGAGUUACUGGAACGAUAGACAUUGUUGCGAUGUUAAUUACAAAACAAAUAACAAUGGAAAAGUCCGCUCUUAUUCUGAUUUGGCGGUGCUCAUCGGGAAGCGCCGUUAGUUUUAAUUUGUUCACAUUUGAUUUCGAUUUAGUUGUAUGUGCCCCUUUACGAGUGACGAGAAAGAAUCAAACAACUCAAAUUUAUUUGCUUUUUACACGAUACUUAAGUUAUAAAUAAUUAAAUGUCAAUUAUAACGUCCAUAUUAUAAUAACCUAAGAUCCAAUGUGCAAUUCAGUUUCUGAACCAAAAUAAUAAUUGUGUAGCUUAGAAAUUGCUGUACAAUAUUCGUUUUUCAGUUAUUAAACGGUGAGGAAUAUAAUAAAAAGACGUGCCAAAAACCGAUCAUUUUACAAUAGUACCUAAUAAAACGUAAACAUCGUUAAUCAUUUUAUGACUAAAAUGUGCACAGAUUGUUUUAUUUUUAACACAAAGAAUGGCACAAAUUUACCACACACCAGCUGCAAUUUAAACAAACCAAAAAGGUAACAAAUAUUUAGUACCUACAUUAUAAAGGAUACCCGAUGGAAAAAUUGCUCAUUGUUGUAUUAUUUGUUUAAAUCUUGUACCCUCUGUACAUAAUGUUAUGUUUAUAAUCGAAUAUCUUAUGAAACCUAUACUGUAUUUAAUAAAAAUUUAUGUAUGUUGAAGUUUAUUUGUAAGGGGGUAGAAGAUUUCAGGGUAAUAUAUAAGAGAAAUUUUCACAUGUAUGCGGAAUCACUUGCAAAGUUUUCUAAGGAAAAACAGAUGGAUGUAAAUAUAGUGUUACGACGAUUUAAUCACACUGCCUAUAAAAAUAAAUUAAUUAUUACC